AUGGGGUUGGCUCCUCGCAAGCCGCCGAAGAGAUUUCGGAAUACAAAGAACCCCACAAGCCGUUCUUCUCAGGCAAAGCUGCGGUUGAGCAAGUUCUCGGUCUUGCAAUGUGGCAUUCUUAUUGCUCGCGCCCGCUGGCAUUUACGCGUCGCCGAACAGCUCUUGUCCAACGGAGUUUACGUCCUUGACGCUCGUAAAGAAUGGUGCGCUGACGGUGUCAUGUUUGGUGACUAUGCAAACGAAGGGGGUUACCCGAGCCGUGAACAAGGCUUGCGCAGCAACCCCAGUUGCCUUUACGCUGAAUCGGAAUACUCAGAUGGCGAAUUUUAA